GAUCAAAGUAAAGAAAAACCUUCCUGGUAAGAGUUUUUCAUUCUGGAUAACAAACUUGUCAGUGAUUGUUGAAAAUGGAACUCCGAAUUCAAUUUCAGUCCUUCAUUCUACUGAAUAUCUCAGUCCUCUGUCUUUGUCUCGAAUGUUCCAGAUCAAACGAAGAGUGGAUGUGUGGAUCCGCAUGUCACGAGUCUUGCCAUAAUAUUGGACAACCCUGUCCUAUAAUCAAUGCAUAUUGUAAUGCUUGUUACUGCGAGGAAGGAUACGUAAGAGAUGAUUCCGGUCAAUGUAUUCCAGUGAACGAAUGCCCCCUGAAUGAGUAGAUGUUUUUGCUCAAUUUGUACAUCCACAAUUGUAUAUCCACCAGAGGUUUUGGUGAAACCUUCAUCACGACCUAUCCCGUAUAUCACCUAAGUCCUUCUGUAUAUCAUCAAUAUACCCAGUAGUUUAGGCCUCUAUGCAUUGUAACUACCAGUAAUCUAUUACACUGAGAUAUUG